UACUUGCGGUUGUCUCGGUGUUUUUGGAGUUCGCUUUGUUGUAUUUACAUCCGACCGAGGCAGGUUUACGGGUGUUAGCCGUGCAUACGAUAGCGGCAAAAAGUCAUUGGAAUUUCAUGAACGGAUUUUUGCAUUCGCUAACCGACGUCGGUCAUAACGUUACGGUUUUCACCUGGUUUCCCGAAGGCAAACGAGAAAACUACUCAGAAAUCGUUUUAAAGGGACCAGAGUUUGUGAACUUGGACUUAGUUAAAUUUAAAGAACAGAUAAAACCUCCAAAUAAUUUACUCAGACACGUUAUACGCCGUAACAGACAAGUAUGUGAUAUUAUAUUUUCAAAUCCUAAAAUAGAAGCCAUCAUGAACGCGGAAAAUACCGACGAGUUCGAUGUCAUCGUCACCGAAACCGCAGUUUCAGACUGCAUGUCACAUUUGGUUCGUCGUCUCCGCCUACCUUUAAUUUACCUCUUUCCUUUACCAAUACCGACUUACUUGGAGGCGUCGUUUCUUGGUGAAGAUCCAAACCCUGCGUAUGUGUCAAAUUUAGUCUUGUCAUUCAGCUACCCAAAGACGUUUCAACAACGUUUGCUAAACUUUCUCACCUACAAAUACAUUAAAAUUAUUUUGUGGUAUUUUGAAACGAGAGCCGUGAAGUCCAACCCCAGACCGUACGACUAUAUUGAACCGGUCAAGCCGUCCUUGGUGUUUGCAAACAGCCAUUUCAUCGUCGAACCGGCCAGACCCCUGCCACCCAAUUUCAAAGAAAUCGGCGGCAUUCAUCUUCCUGAACCCAAUGAAAUACCAAAUGACAUACGAGAGUUUAUUGAAAAUUCACCAAAUGGAGUUAUUUACUUCACGUUUGGAUCAACAGUAAAGAUGUCAUCAUUUCCAGACCACAUUAAAACCGCAUUUAAAGUAGCUCUUGCGCGCCUCCCUCAGAGAAUACUGUGGAAAUAUGAGAGCGAAAUGGAAGACAAACCGGACAACGUGAUGACGAAAAAGUGGUUCCCUCAACGCGAUAUUCUCUUGCACCCGAAUAUCAAGCUGUUUAUCGGUCACGGGGGAAUAUCUGGUGUGUUUGAAGCAGUCGAUGCCGGAGUUCCGAUGUUAGGGUUUCCACUUUUCUACGAUCAACCGAGAAACGUUGCCAAUCUGGUCGACGCCGGAAUGGCCAUUUCACUCGACGUGAUGACCGUCACCGAAUCUGAGAUAUUCGAAUCGAUUAAUAGAAUUAUCAAUGAUAAAAAGUACUCGUCUAACGCCAAACUAGCUUCAAAGCGUUUCAAGGAUCGCCCAAUAACACCUGCUAGAUCAGCCGCUUACUGGACGGAAUACGUUGUACGACAUAAUGGUGCACAACAUCUAAAGACAAAAGCGUUUGAUCUCACGUGGUACGAAUACUACCUUCUAGACAUACUAUCUCUGGUACUCGUCACAAUUUCAGUCAUUGGUUUUAUUAUAUAUAAAUGUUUACAUGUUGUAUUCAAAAUUGUUUUUUUCAAGUUGAAGACCAAAACCGAGUAAUGUUUGUAUUUGGCUUCUUUGUGCUUUAUAUAAUAGAUUAAUUGUUUAUUGAUAUUUUGUACAAGUACACCGAUAUAAAAAU